CGAAGAUGUCUGUGAAGGGAAGCGGAGGAAUAAUGGCAAACAACGACUGUUUUCAAGGUUUAUCUGUUACCAGUUAUCCAGAGAAUAUAGCUUAGGUGUUCUUCUUUUUUCUCAAAAGAAAUCAAUGCGAUAUGGAGGGCGAAGAAGAGAAAAACGACGUAGUGUACUCCAGUGGAGAUGAAGGAGGCGCUACAGUUAUGUCGGAAAGAGUGUCCAAUCUCGCUAACAGUAUUUACAGCGAGUUCGAACGAAUGAUUCAAAAAUAUGAUCAAGACGUUGUGUCAGGACUUAUGCCACUUAUGGUGUCUGUGUUAGAACAACUGGAUAGUGCCUAUGGAGACAACAACGAGCAGUUAGUUGAGUUGGAAAUAUUGAGUGAUGAUAACGAGCAGCUCAUUACUCAAUAUGAAAGGGAAAAGCAACUCAGAAAGCUGGCGGAAAACGUAAGUGGUAUAUGUUAUCUCCUCUUUAAUUAUUCCCCAAAGUAAAAUUAAUCCUUUAGUAUUUUACCGGCGAAUUUUUCGGUUAGGGGAAGCUAUGUCUUAUGUUUUUGUACAUAAAUUGUUAUAUAUAUCAGCCCCUCGUAUUUGAGAUUUAGUAAUAGUUUCUCUUUUCACACCAGCACAAAUAAUAGCAUUCUACCACUGGAAUUGGAAAAAUGUGUACAUGAGAAAUUUAUGUAUCUUUCUUUUGAUGUUAACUAUUUAAAUCAUUUUUUCUUGUACCAUUUUUGUUGUUCCAUUUUUGACAGUGCAUUUAGGGAAGGCGUUGUCUUUUCGAAAAUAAUAAUCUUGCUUUGAUUCUAAAGACUUCAGUGUUUUUUUUCGUUCCCAUAUUAUUAAAACCAUGUAAAUGAAAUUUCAUUUCACGGUAUAUUUACCACAGUCGCUGACUGUAUUUAAUGCUAAAAUUUGUUUCCAAUUUGAAAGUGCUAUGCAUAAAUUAAUGUGGCUAUUUCUUUAGGCCAUUUGGAAUUAUGUUAAAUAUUUUUUUGUGCAACAGAUACAUGCCUGGUCAUCAGUGCUUCAUGGGCUAGUAAGAAAAAAAGUUGUUAAGCACCAAAAAUUUUAAGAUAUUGAGAGUUUUUGUCAUGUUUGGCUGAAAAUUAUUAGAGGAUGAUGGCUAGGACAUAAUUAAGUAGUAUAAACAUUUACUUAAAUUAUUGUGUUGUCAAACUGUGCGUAUACCUUUUAGCCUUAACAGCAAACUGUAACCGAUACCUUGAGAUUAUUUCAUCAUUAUAAAUAGAAGCUGGUGGUUUCUCUGCCAACUGUUUGGUUAUAUUUUGCUGGUUAUUAAUGGUUGAAAAAAUUGUACUGUUAAUAAUGUUAAGAUUUAUCGAUGUCAUGUCAUGCUUGACCUGGUUUAACCUCAAUUGGUACAAUAUUUUGCCUUAAUUUACAAUCCACCCAAAAUAAACAGACAAUUACAUGCAAGUCUGUGGGUUUUAGUUAACAAGGCCCUUGAUGGAAUAAUAUUUUUAUGGGGGAGUGUGAAACAAUUUUUAAUUAGUGUCAGUAAAGAAAUGAGAGGUAACAUAAGAAAAUAUUUAUUUACUUUUAUUUCAGAGAUAUCUGGAGAUAGAGGAUCAGAUUGAAGCUGAAAAGAGAGAAUCUCACAAGCAGAUUGAUACCUUAGAGCAUGACAAUAAAAGUCUGGAAUCUCGAAUCAAAAGUUACCAAGACCACAGUUAGUGAUAUAAAAUAUUUUAGCAUAUCACUGUAGUCUAAAUAGUGACUUAAAAAAGUCUCUUUUGUGCUGACAAAAUUUCUUAUUUUAAGUUGAACGGCAGGAUGAAAGGAUAUCAGAGAUGAAACGUGAAUAUCAUACUCUUCAUGAAAGACAUUCAGAGGUGAGUCACCUUUUGUUUGGGUGAUGUUUUGACCUGGAAAACAACAGACUACUGUCCUAAUAUAAAAUGUCAUGGCUUGGAAAUAACCACAAAGGGGCAAGAAUAGCAAAGUCCGUGAAAAACUGUUUUUAACCAGGUCCUAGUGGAAUGUUGUGCUUAAUAGUCAGUAUGUAUACAUGGCAGGCCUGACUGGUAUUAUUUUGUGGUCAAGUAAAUUAACCCAACUAACCUUAUCUUUGAGUUAAGGAGUGACUGUUCUUUAGACAAACUGACAAGGCCCAUUGGGCUAAUCUAUGUGAAGGCAAAAGAAUACUAAUCAAGUCUGCCAUUUAUGCAUAGGGUGCAUAUGAACCAAUCCUAACUACAUUUCUAAUUCAUAGUUGCAACAUUGUAAGUCACUAAAUUUACGUUUUUUCAAAUAUUUUGUGUCUCUUUGAAAAUGACUUUUUAACCCAUCAGUACAUGGUUCAUACAGGUCCUGGGAUUUUAUUUUCACAUUUUGAAGGACUCAAAAGUCCUAGAAAAAGACUACAGGUCUUGAAAGGUCCUGAAAAUCUGCUUAACCCAAGCAAUAAAGGUUUUAGAAUAUAUGUUAAAGGAAAUGUAUGUAGACUAUAAGGAGAAUUGAUUUUGAAAUCUUGGGAAUGAAGGGUUGAAGGUGAAAUGUGGUGUCCUAAAAGAUCAAUCUGAGUUCUGGAAAAGUCCUUGAAAUUUGUCUCAGUCUAAAAGAGGGUGAGAACCCUGUCAGUAGUCUGUUACAGCUGUGAUUGUGAACUUGGCUGAUCUAGUUACUGACAAUGAGCUUCACAGGUAAUAAUUGUUUGACAUAUGAGUGGCAUGCGUGAAGCAUUUGAUCAGGGCUAUGUUUAAAAUUAAAAAUUUAGUCAGGCUUAAACUAAAAAUUGUUUUUUUCUGCAAAUUUGUGUCAGUUACUCCAUCAACACAUGGAGCGGCUGCAGAGAGAGGACAGAAAAGGUUCAGGCUCCACAGCAGAUACACCAUCCAGGACUCCUUUUAGGUAACAAUCAUAACUCACAGUGAACUCACAAAUGAUUCCCUAAUCUUUCAGUAUGAGCUUGUUUUUGUGGGAAGUUAGUUUUCAAGGUAUGAAUUUUUCCUUUGUUGUUGUCAAUCUCUUCACCGUUGGUGAGUAGUGUAAUUGAGUAUCUGGAGUCUAUUGAGGAUAUUAAGUACUUUAGGAAGUUUUCAGAAGUCAAAAAAUGUAGUGAGAGGUCAUAGGACUGAAAUUGGAGAUCCCACCUGAUUGAAAAGUUUUGUGGAUCUUCCUAAGUCAAUGUAGUUAAUAUGUUUUCUGUUGUUUGGCAUUGAGUACUUGCUAGAUUUAAUCCUUUACUCCUUUCACUUCCAACAGACCAAGAACUGUCUCAACAGACUCACCACGCUCUCCCAUUGGAACACCUGUCAACUCUUUAACAGAUUUGCUACCUGGCACCUCUCCAGGAGGACCCAAGAGCAUUGAUGGUGACAUGGUUGUACCUCCAUCACCUCACAGAGGAGACAGCAAUGAGAUGUCACUUGAAGAGGAACAACUUGCUGGUAAAGGGAAAGGUUUGUAGCCUUCUUUGUUUCUUUUUUCCUUGAUUUUGUCUGUGAUUGCUCAUGAAUUGCCGAUUAAGCUGAGGUGAGUAUUUACUCGUGAAUAUACAUGUAACACCUUAUUUAAGAGUGUAAUUCUUAACAAUUAACACUUGUUCCAUUUCUACCUUGCAGGUAGUGAGACUGAGAAAAAAACUGGUGUUGGAGAAGUUUCUCCUGCUGCCCAAAAUGUUCAUGGAUCUCCUGGUAGUGGUUUUGUUGCCAUAAGUGGUGAUAAGCUGGAUAGUAACAGCAUUGGAGACAUUGUGAAAGGCUCACCAUCAAACACAACCAGUUCACUACAGAGUUUAAAUACAGGAACCUGUCACCUUACAGAUGUUGACAACAUGCCAAUCAUGACAGUGACUGAUGUUGAAAGAGUGAUUUCUGGAGAAUCUCAAACUCCUCCAGAUGGAAGCUUUGUUCACCUGAGUAAUGAUGCUGCAGCCAUCAUGGCCUCCACACCUGAAUUGAUACCUAACGCUGGGUCUUCACCUGUUGAUGUGAUUAGGAGAGAGGGUAGCAGACAGGGUGGAGAGCGCCCCAUAUCUUUGGAUCUGGAGACACUUCCUCAAGGUGUCAGUGCACAUUCUUUGUUUGCUGAGCUGUCUAUUCAAGAACCUGACAUCAUUGGGCAGGUAGACACUGGUGCAGACAUCACUGCAAUGGUUGGAGAACUGGACACAGUGUUAAAAGAGAAUAAAGAAUUGCUGACUGCAAAGUAAGCGUGUGAAAUUGAGAGUAUCGUGGACAAUAUCAGUUUUUCUUACUGGUGUUUUUGCAAUUUAAUUGCAGGACCAAACUUGUUACUCAAAAGAAUGAUCUUCUGAAAAGAGUUGAAGAGUUGUCCAAGUAAGUCUUUAUUGAUCAAUACUUACUAUUUUCUGAUUUGUUUAGGUAGAUAUUAUUUUGAAUUUUUUUAAGGUGAUGGUUUUGUUUAUGCCUUGUUGUGUUAAGGAGGUCUGUUCAUCUUUAAUGAGCCACAUUUUUUUAAUUGCACUUCCAACUUUUUUGUCUUAACCUCGAAAUUUGUGGUUUGUAGUUCUGUUCUGAAUUUUCCUAAUUCAUUUUCUUUUUGCUUUUUUUAGUGAAAAGGAACUAGCAAGAGAGGAAGUGAUAGCACUUCAAGACACCAAGAGUCGUUUAUCACAGCACAUCUCAGAGAUUGAACAGGAGCUGAAAAGGUCAGAACCAAUUCCUUGUUUUGAGAUGUAACUAAUUUAUAGACAGUUUUAUCUUGCACCAUAAAAAUGCAAAAAAAAAAUUAACCUGGCUAACAUUCAACCCUCACACUUGCUGGAUGCAUUAGCUAAUGUUAUUUUGAACUGUCAAUCCCAACUUCUAAAAUCCUACUCAUUCUGCAGACUUUUCAAGUUACUGUCGUAAUCCUCAUGUAGGCAUAACCUGGGAAAAUUUCAAUUAAAAUAGACUGAGUGAUCCUUAAAGCAAUUUUUAUUAUUAAUAUUGCCUCUGUGUUACUCUGACUAUGAUUUUAUUUUGUUGCUACUUGUUCUGUCACAAAUUUUACAGGUAGAAUUUGUUUUUGCUGAUCAGAAAAUUUAAAGCAAAAUCUCCUGCUUGUUUACAGGGUGAAAAUGGAUGCAGAAAAAGCUACAGUGGCUUUAAAAGAGGUAAACCACAGACAAAACAUUAUUCAUGAUUUGAGGAGAUAUAUAAAUGAAUUUGUUUUUCUAUGGCAUUUUUUCAUUCAUUUGCAAGAAUUGCAAACAAAUUUAUCUGAUGUCACAACAAGUGUUGAGAAGUAACAAUGAAUUGUUUAUGCAUUUUGAUUUGAUAAAAAUAUUUGACUUAAUCAUUUGUAGGCUAAUGUGUCAGCAGCUCAUCGAAAGAGGUUUACGCGAGUUGAGAUGGCCCGAGUAUUGAUGGAAAGAAACCAGUACAAAGAAAGAUUGAUGGAAUUGCAAGAGGCUGUAAGAUGGACAGAAAUGAUCAGGUAAUUUCAGGCAAGAAAUGAUCACUUAGUCUGUAAUAACUCAAUGAAUGGUGUGAAUAAGUGUAGAGAACAGCAUGACUUCAGAUACAGUUGAAUUAGUCUAUGUUAAUUAGUAUUUAUCUGAUAGAUUGUUAGUUUGUUGAGUCCUUAUUUUUGCAGUACCAAUGACUUUUUUUUUUAUUUUUACACUGACCAAGCAAUAUUUAUUUAUUAAUUUCGUACUUCUUCUAUUUAUUUAAUGAUGAUGAGUUCCAUUAUGUAGUACAUCACACAGUUGAGAAUUUAAUAAUCUAAGAAAACCAACCCAUCUGUUUUCAGAGGAAAUGGUAAACUUAAUUUGAAGUGUCUCAAUGAAAGUGUUCCUUUUCUUCUUCCUAGGGCAUCAAAGGAGAGAAACCUUGAACUGCAACAAAAGAAGAAAUCAUCCAUUUGGAAAUUGUAUGUUGCUCAUUUGUUUUUAAGAUUCAGGAUUCUGAUAUUUUUCAAACUUGUGCAUAUCUGAAAUCUAAAGUAACAAACAUAAUAUGUUGAAUCAGUUUCAGCAAUCUUUUUGGACCCUCGCCAAAGAAGCCUGCCCCAACCAUGGUCAGCAUCAGGUACAACUCCCCUCAGGGGGAGGGAGAGUCAUCUCCUUCAUCUCGACGUAGCAGCUCUGUAAACUCAGGAUCUACAGGCUCAAUUGCAGUCGCAAGUGGUGGAGGAUUUGGUAGUGAGAAGUGAGAAACUUUUCUUAUUAGCAUCUAGUUUCUACUUACAUUACAAAUGUAUUUUGUUAGCUUUGAUUACCAAAAAAUGAAAAGUAAUUAAGGUUAGGUUUAUAGAGUAAACUGUGAGUUCUGGCCUUCUUUCAGGAAACUUACCAGUGUUGAAACUGCAUGAAAGGCUAUGAUGUAAUGAAACCCACUCUAAGGAAGAAAUUAAAAGCCCAGAAAUCUGGUUCCAAAAUGAUUUUCUGUCAUACUCACUCACUGUUCUCAUCUUUUAGCUUUGAUCGGCAGCGACUUGUGGAGAGAAGGGAACGCUACAGACAAGUGAGGGCAUUUCUCAACUCAGGUGAUAUUAUAAAUCCUCCUCAUUUUCUAUGCUUCUAUCUUAUGUACAUAAUUCACAAACAGAUGGUGUUUUCCAUGCAUUAUCAAUCCUCAAUGUCAGAGUUUUUGUUUGAUUUCAGAUGUUGCUGAGGGUCGCAUGCAAGCUUAUGGCUGGAGUCUUCCGGCAAAAUACUCAACAGAAGUUGCAGAAGGAGGAAAAAGCCUGGUGUCUGUCCCUGUACCAGUUUAUUGCAGGCCUCUUAAUCUUAAUGACCCUGGGAUGAAAGUAUGUUUGCCUCUUAAAAUCAAUUAUCAAUAUUAAAUCAGUGAAUGUUCUUUUCAUCCUCAAACAAAGGAACUAGUUGUACACUUUUAUAGUUUCUAUUUAUCAUAUUGAAAGAACAAGUACUAAACACAGUUGUAAUCUUGAUGCAGAUCUGGUGUGCAGCUGGCGUAGAUUUGUCUGGUGGGAAGACACAAGAUGGUGGUUCAGUCAUUGGUGCAACUAGUGUAUUUUACACAGACAGUGUGCGUGACCAAGAUGAAACAGGAAUGGACCCAAAGCUGGAGCCAAAAGUGUCUAUGGUUUGGAUUGGCAGCAGCACACACUCAUGCAGUAAGGUUACUGUUGUUGAUGCUAAUUACCCUCAGAACAUUCUGGAUUGCUUUAUAGUGUGUACAUCACAUCUAUUGUGCAUCACUCCUGUGCCUGGUGCAUCAGAAGGGGAUUAUCAGAGUUCGGAAUGGAAAGUUGAAGGUAAAGAUUAUAUCUGUUUCUUUGCACACUUAUUAAUCCAAAUUGAAUAGUCCUCAUAGAUGUUUAUUAGAAGUGAUUUUGAACACAGAUAACAAAGCAUUAUUCUUACUUAAAGGGUUUAUUUUUUGUAGUGCAUCAAUAAACACAUACCACAAAUGUAGUAUAACUGGAUUUGCAGAGUUGGUGUUAGAGUUACUUUUCCUUCAUUGCAGACCCACUACAGACAAACCCUGACAAAGCUGAUUCCACUGAGGGUUCAGGAUUCAGUGAUCCACUGGGUACAGUUAAAACAGACUCUUUUGAUACUUUGCAAUUUUUAGACAAUUGAAGACAUCAUUUCUGUGAUUUUUAAUGGUACAUUGUGUUGUUUGUGAUAUGUUCAGGAGUACAAACAGCCCAAGGAUCAGAUGGACCAACAGUAACAGACAUCACAGCUGGUGAAAGUACAUCACCUGGAGCCGCACCAGUUGAAGGAGUUGAGAAAAUGAGCAGUGUAUUACCAACCAUGUGGCUCGGAGCACAAUCUGGCUGGUAAGUCACAAAGUGUGUGAAUGGUUUAUGAUAUACGAGCUGUUUCUUAAUGAGAGUGAAUCUGUCUUGAUCUUUAUUUCUUUCUGUCUGUCUGUCUGUCUACAAGAUAUUCUACUAAAGAAUGGGUCAUGUGUACAAUAUACUGUUGAAUGAUUCCUUUGCAGUGUGUAUGUACAUUCUGCCAUUUCUGACUGGAAGAAAUGCAUCCAUUCCAUUAGACUCAAGGACUCAGUCCUCAGUAUAGUGUGAGUACAUGAAAAGCAAUAACAAAAGUAACUGCAUAAAAUGAUAGUCUUGAAAAAGUCUGUCAGGGAUCUACCAGCAAGUUAUGUGCCAUCAACGAAUAUUAUCCCUCUUUUGUAACAUAACAUGAUCAUCAGAAUUUAAAUAAUUUGCUUCUAUUGUUAUCUUCUGCCAAACUUUAUAUUGUAGAUAUGUGAAAAUCCGUGUCUUAGUUGCUCUUGCUGAUGGCACAGUGGCCAUCUUUCAUAGGGCUUCAGGUAUGUCUACCUUUGCUUUUGCCAUCUUUCUCUCCUUCUAUUCUGAUCAGGUUUAAUGUUUGGCCAUUUUGGUUUCUAGUAAUCAGAAAUGACCUUGUUAAUUUUAGAUGGUCAGUGGAACUUUAACAAUUAUCACUUGCUUGAUCUUGGCCGACCACAUCACUCCAUUCGGUGUAUGACUGUAGUUCACGACAAAGUCUGGUGUGGUUAUCGCAAUAAAAUCCAAGUUAUUCAUCCCCGCAGCAUGAAAGUAGAGGUAUGUUGUGUAGUAAAGUAACUCAGCACUCUGGUGUGUUAUGAGGAGAACUAAGCUUGUCGAAAGGCUCUCAUUCAGGAUGUGUGAGUCAAGGUGCUUUUGGGUCUUUUCCUUCCUCCCUUUUACAGUGCUCAGAUCUCUUUGUUCGUUUUUCUAAGUUAUUUAAUGCAUUCUGUUUCUCUUUCCCCACACUCAAGAUGAAGGCUUGUCUUUUCCAUGGGAAUUAUCACAACAAGUUUCAUGCGGGUUGACCAAUUGCUGUAACAUAGUAGUCGAAUAUGUUAAUAUAGCUUAAAGAUGGAAUUACUUUUAUUGUUUAUUUCCAACUGCCUUCAAACUAAGUGGUUUUGCUUUUGAAAAAGUUUUCUAACUAACCAACAACUCUGAAUAAUUUUUAAGAAAACAUUUGAUGCUCAUCCCCGACGUGAAAGUCAGGUUCGUCAGCUGGCCUGGAUAGGAGAUGGUGUGUGGGUGUCCAUUCGUUUGGAUAGUACACUGAGAUUGUACAAUGCACAUACUUAUCACCAUCUACAGGAUAUUGAUAUUGAGCCAUAUGUCAGCAAGAUGUUAGGUAAGUAUCUCCUGCCUACCUUUUCACCCAUCUUUUCUACCAACCCAUCUUCUCAUCCAUCUUACCUACCUGCCUACCUUCUCACCUAUCUAACCAAACAACCUUUCCAUCCAUCUUACCAACCUAUUCACCUUCUCACUGAUGUCACCUACCUACCUACCUAACUUCUCAUCUAUCUUACCAAACUACCUUUCCAUCCAUUUUACCCACCUACCCAUCUUAUCACCCAUCUUACCUACCUAACUUUCCACCCGUCUUACUUACCUACCUACCUUCUCACCUAUCCUACCUACCUACCUCCUCCACCCAUCUUACCUACCUACCUACCUUCUCAUCUAUCCUACCUACCUACCUUUCCACCCAUCUUACUUACCUACCAAUCUUCUCACCUAUCCUACCUACCUACCUCCUCCACCCAUCUUACUUACCUACCUACCUUCUCAUCUAUCCUACCUACCUACCUUUCCACCCAUCUUACUUACCUACCAACCUUCUCACCUAUCCUACCUACCUACCUUUCCACCCAUCUUACUUACCUACCUACCUUCUCACCUAUCCUACCUACCUACCUCCCCACCCAUCUUUCUUACCUACCUACCUUCUCACCCAUCCUACCUACCUACCUUCUCGCCUAUCCUAUCCUACCUACCUCCCCACCCAUCUUACUUACCUACCUACCUCCUCACCUAUCCUACCUACCUACCUCCCCACCCAUCUUUCUUACCUACCUACCUACCUUCUCACCCAUCCUACCUACCUACCUUUUCACCUAUCCUACCUACCUACCUCCCCACCCAUCUUACUUACCUACCUACCUCCUCACCUAUCCAACCUACCUACCUUUGAACCCAUCUUACUUACCUACCUACCUCCUCACCUAUCCUACCUACCUACCUUUCCACCCAUCUUCCUUACCUACCUACCUUUGCACCCAUCUUCCCUACCUACCUUUCCACCCAUCUUACUUACCUACCUACCUUCUCACCUAUCCUACCUACUUAACUCCCCACCCAUCUUACCUACCUACCUUUGCACCCAUCUUACUCACCUACCUACCUUCUCACCUAUCCAACCUACCUACCUACCUUUCCACCCAUCUUCCUUACCUACCUUUCCACCCAUCUUACUUACCUACCUACCUUCUCGCCUAUCCGACUUACUCACCUUUCCACCUAUCUUUCUUACCUACCUACCUCGUCAACUAUCCCACCUACUUACCUUUCCACCCAUCUAACUUACCUACCUUCUCACCCAUCUUACCGACCUACCUUUCCACCCAUCUUACUUACCUACCUUUCCACCCAUCUCACCUACCUACCUUCUCACCUAUCCUACCUACCAUCCUUUCCACCCAUCUUACUUACCUGCCUACCUUUGCACCCAUCUUUCCUACCUACCUUUCCACCCAUCCUACUUACCUACCAAACUACCUUCUCACCCAUCUUACCGACCUAUCUUUGCACCCAUCUUACUUACCUACCUUUGAACCCAUCUUACUUACCUACCAAUCUUCUCACCUAUCCUACCUACCUACCUUUCCACCCAUCUUACUUACCUACCAAACUACCUUCUCACCCAUCUUACCGACCUAUCUUUGCACCCAUCUUACUUACCUACCUUUGAACCCAUCUUACUUACCUACCAAUCUUCUCACCUAUCCUACCUACCUACCUUUCCACCCAUCCUACUUACCUACCAAACUACCUUCUCACCCAUCUUACCGACCUAUCUUUGCACCCAUCUUACUUACCUACCUUUGAACCCAUCUUACUUACCUACCAAUCUUCUCACCUAUCCUACCUACCUACCUUUCCACCCAUCUUACUUACCUACCUACCUCCUCACCUAUCCUACCUUCUCACCUUCUCACCCAUCUUACCUACCAACUUUUCCACCCAUCUUACUUUCCUGCCUACCUUCUCACCUGUCCUGCCUACCCACCUUUCCACCCAUCUUACUUACCUGCCUACCUUCUCACCUAUCUUACCUACCUACCUACCUAUCCACGCACUGAUUUAUUUACCUUCCUACUCGCUCUCACCUUUUACUAAUCACUUACUACUCGCCUAUCCUCUCCAUCAACUUGCUCACUUGCUUAUCUCCCCGUCUACCAGCCUUUCUAACCAUCUCAGCUACUCCAUAUACAUUUUCAUUGCUUCCGCGUUUUAAUAAUUAGUGCAACUAAAUAUUUAACCUUUCUUGUUGAAUGUUACAGUACUUUGUUUUGUCUUUUACAGGAACCGGAAAAUUAGGUUUCUCGUUUGUACGUAUUACGUCGCUCAUGUUAACCAAUGACCGUCUCUGGGUGGGAACGGGAAAUGGUGUUAUUUUGUCGGUCCCAUUGGUGGCCGCACGUCCCGCAAGGGAUGACGGAGAAGCACAAACAAGUUCCCCGGGGACGGGAGGAACCGGAGGUCCAGGAGGAGCGGUUAGAGUGUACAGCAACGAAGGAAAAGAUGGAGACACACCAAGAGGCUCAAGCUUUAUGCCUUACUGUUCUAUGGUGAGUAUGGUAACAUUCGUGCAUCGAUGAUUGUUUUUCAUUGCAAUUCCAUCACCGUUUUUAACUACAGAGGAUGUCCUUUAGCUCUCUUAUUCCAAUUUUUUAUGUCUAAAGCAUGAGAGGCACACUUUCCCCGUUUCAAAAUGAAUUUUUUGUUUCAGGUUAACGCUCAGUUGUCCUUUCACGGUCACCGCGACUCAGUGAAGUUCUUUGUAGCCGUCCCAGGCUCUAUGAAGAGAGUCUCUCAACCAGCGCCAUCCAACAGAUCAACAAGUCCCAGUGGUCAACCUGCUAAGUCUAGCCCAGAGAAGACUGUGACCGAGUGCAUGCUUUUAGUGUUAUCAGGGGGAGAGGGGUACGUCGAUUUCCGUUUGGGAGACAACGAAGAGACUGCUUUGGAAGAGCAAGGUGGUGAUUUGAUAUCUGUCACAACUCGUGGUCAAUCAACCAAUGAGAGGAGCCAUAUUAUGGUUUGGCAGGUGUCGGUCACAUGAUGACUAUAGAUAUGGAAAGUGUAAGGUCCUGUUUUGGGGUGCAAAUAAGGUCAAAAGUGCAGUAGUGUUACAAUUUGUAUCACUGGAUAACUAACGCGAGGGGGGCCUCAGUAUAGUUUUGUGCAGACGUCUUCCAUCUCAUGGCGCUACAGAGGGCCAGCCAUGCCGUUACAGGUUACGUUUUACGAAAUAAUUGGAAAGUGACCGUGUCCUUGUAAGUCUAUGGGAUUAAAAUUGCUUCACAUAACAGGACCCACCUUUCCAAAGCAACAAAUAAGGGGUUAAAAUAGUUUUUUUCAAAACUCAUUUUAUUUGUAGAUAAACAGUAACACUCACAUUUCACGACAGCAGUGUAAUGGCACGUAACCCUUUCUCUCCCAAGUUCUCAUUAGUAAUUCUCCUCAGCGUCUGCCAUGCAAUUCUCAAGCUGUUAGUUCGGUGAAUUUGAUAUUGGAUCAACAAAUAAUCUUUGAAUUGUUUUUUUUCCCUCGACACUUGUCUGCUUGAUAUUGUAAGUAGAUAUUUUGUCCUGGUCACUUGUGAGAGUGAAAGCGUUUACUAAUUUCAUGGCACUUGUAUUAAAUAUACACGAAAGUUAAACGUAAUUCAGUUUUAGUACCUUUUGUAACUGAUUAAGUUCGUUGGUCUGGUUCGGUUUUUUUAAGUAUUUGUAAAUAAGUUUCCAAUAAUUUCCAGAGUUACGAAAUGUAUUUUUGGUGGUACGUUACUAAAUUAAGCAUUAAUGUUUACUAUUUUCCAAGGGUUAUUACCAAUAAUUAUUACUAUGUAACGAAUUUCAAAUCAAAAUAUAUAUCAGGUUUUACAAUUGUAAUAAAUUAGUGGAAAGAAAACCGACCUGAAAAUUAGAACGCGAAAGGUUUAAUUAAAACUCUUAUAAGCAUUGUUGACAUUUUAUUUUGGCGGCAAAGGGUAACAGUGAGUUUUAUUGCUGAAGAUUAAUGCGAAAGAACCUUGAAUAGUUCCUGUGGGUUUUCAUUUUUGUAAUCAUCGUCUAGCACCUAAAAUUUAAGAAUUUCUGAGGAUAUAGCCCCAGACUUAGCUGUUUUCCUUUUUAAUUAGAAAAAAAAAAUCUGUUCUACACACGCGACAACCGCAUUUAUCUUACCAAAAGGCAAUCCUGUGUCACGUGGCACGUUCAUCCAAUAGAAAAAGCUUAUUUCAAUCGCGGUGUAAAAAUUCCUGUUUUUGAAAAUGACUUUUUCUUGUUCUUGGCCAUACAAGGAAUGGUAGGACUUAGUGCUAAAGUUUGUUACAGAAAGUGCAAACGUUUAGUCUUUCUAAUAUUUUCAUUUAGAAUUGGCGCUGUUAAGGAAGACCUUGGAGCAUGAAAGGUGUCUGUAGCUAUAUUAGUUUACUCCCAAAAUUUUUAGGUUAUCAUAAGGUAUUUCGGUUUGGCUGAGGUAUGAUUAUCGAUCACUAGAAUUAGUGCGUAAACAAAAUGUUGGUAAACUUGUAUUCAAAAUAAUUUUCUCUAUUACUUGUGACAUUCGUUGUUUUCUGUAGUGUAUUGUCUUAAUGUUAUUAUCUUUCUGCCUUGACAGAAGGUUACUGUCGCCCCUGACACAAAGAGAUGUUUUUGGUCAAGUCCAAUCAAAUAUUACUCUCAGAUUUAAUUUAUUAUCAAUAGCUCGUAGCCUUGUUUGGCGUCCAAAAGAUAUGAUAGCUAACUUUAAUGAAGGUUAAGUAGAUUUUGAUUCUAUGUAUUUAUUUAUUGUCUGCGGUUUUGUCUAUCUGUUAUUUUGAACUGAUAAAAUAGAGGAUUAAAAACAGUUUCAGUUUAGACUCAA